AUGAGUGGUGUAGCAAGUAAAUCAAGAAAUGGUCAUAGUUCGAAUUCGACUAGUUUUAAGUUAUCGAACAACAUUAUUACAAAGGAUGAUAUUACCCCUCUGUCUAAAUCUAAAUUAAAGAGUAAAUCUAAGACCAAAACUCACAUUGGUAACACUGCUACUGAUUCUAGUAAAAAUAUCAACACAAAUAAAGAAGAAAAAGAAGCUGAAAUCGUAGAUAGUAUUCCAACCGAUAUGAAACCUAUGUAUUCUUCAGAUCAUAGUGUUUCCGAUGAUAAUGAUAAUGAUGACGACAGUUUAUUUUCUCCUUUGUCUUCGCAGUUACAAGAUGAUAACGAUUACUCGUAUUAUAGUGAUGAUAUGGAAAAUUUAAAGAAAUUUCAAUUACAUACACCAAAUUUCGUUAGUACUUCUAGCGUUUCUAAGAAUGACAAAUAUAAAUAUAAUCCAUCAAACUCUUUAUUACAAGAACGUCUGAAUAGUUUUGAUUUUGAUGAGCAUUCCUUGCCAGAAUUAUCUAACGAAAAUAAUAGUCAUGAUGAUUUUUGGAAAGAAGUGACCUCUACAAAUGAGGAAGCCAUAUCUUUACCCGAGGAUGCUAACCAUCAUCAUUACACAACAACCCAAGAAAAUGGCUCAGUUGACUCUCAUCAGGAUGAAAUUGUCUCAGUAGAAGAUUUCAUCUCAGACGAUUUAGCUGCAACAAACAACAAUAAUAACAACAACAACAACAACAAUAGUGGUAGUGCGCCUGAGUGGAACGAAAAUUUGUUUCAAGAUUCCAAACAGAGAGUUAAACUUCUUUGUUACAGAGAUGCAGAUGGUAAAUUAGCAUUGAAGACAAGAAAUGUACCAGUAGCCAAGAGAAAUUUCACAAAUGCAGUCGGUUUGGUACGUAAGAGAAAGAAUAAGCAUAGAAAAUUGUUGAAAAAAGCUAUUAGAAGAAAAAGUGGUGUUGCUCAAAUGAUUUCUACUGAUGUAGGUAUUAGUGAAUUAAUGUUGUAA